AUGCCUCCUCUCAAACCGCUACCUGACUGUGAAGGCCCAAAGCUGGAGCCCUUUGAGCACGACCUUGAGGCGGAUGACGUGGAAUUUCUCAAGAUUCUUGAACCCGACUUUGCUGCACAUAGUAAGAUUAUCAAGACAAGGAUUGGAGACAAGAUCUACUCUAUCAAGUUCUUUGUUUGGGAGCAACCCUUCGCCCAACCUCCCUACACAUCAGCGUAUGGUGAGGGGGGACGAGGCCCAUUUAUAUGCUGUAAAGGAUUUUAUGCCCAUUUUACACCAUUCGAAAACGAGUGCCGGGCUUUUGGCAGAUUGAAAGAAGUCGGUCGCGAGGACCUCGCGGUCAAAGUUCAUGGCUAUGUCGCCCUCGACCUUACCGACGCCAUUGACCAGAAGUUACAGGCUGCGAGGUCUAAGAUGAUCCGUCCCUAUGCAAAGCUGGAAUGGUUCCUCGGAAUGGACAAUGGCCCCAGCAUGGGAAUAGUCAAAGACUGGGUAGAUGAGGUGGAAUACAAUGACCGGCAUACCUAUGAUCUGUAUCAACAGGUGGUCCAGGUCUCCCAUUUCCCUCGUAUGCUCGAGGGGCUCCACGGGCUCCACAAGCACGGGAUAGUUGUCCUGGACCUAUCUGAUCGCCAGUAUGUCAACGGCACGCUGGUCGACUUGAGCAUGGCGUCCACUGUCCCUCACCCGUUUGGUCCAGACCCAGAUCCCUUGGGCUUAGGAAAAUGCUGGCAGCCACGCUGGACGUUCCAGAGCUUGGCCGCUUGGGAUUUAUAUUGCUUCCAAAAAUAUGUCAUUGAUGCUUGGGAUAUCGGCCUGGCGGAGUUCCUUGAUGCCAAGCCUGGAACUAAAGGCCUAAGAAAGACUUGCUGGCUCCAAGCCUACCGUCUCCCUAGUCAAACGAGAAAUCUCCGACCUCGCGAUAGGCGCUAUCCGAGCCAGGAGCAGAGUCCAUACUUACCACUCCUGAACCAGUGGUGUGAGGUGCUUGAGAUGACACAUACUCCCCGACAUGACCCGCUUGACUUUGCCAAACACACUCCGGUCAUCGAGAAUGUCAAGAAACGGGAGGCAUGGAAAACAACAGGCCAGGGUGUCAAGAAACGCGUGGCAAAAGGGAAGCAGGUGAAGGGUAAGAAAGUCAACAGGUCCGAGAGCAAGUCAAAGGUUCCAGGCUCUCGAGCUUCUGGUCUUCGUGACAAGACAGUUAAGAAGUGA